AAAUACAAGUAAUCCGGAAUAGUUUGUGACAUCUACCCGACCCAGCGCUCUCAAAUUGCGUAAUCAGAACGUUUCUGACCCACCAAUAUACAUCCCGCCUCGCCAUCCCCGUACGAGCCUGUGCACCGGCGACAAACCGCAACAUUCAACUUUUCGAGUCCCGCCAGCUUUCCGUGUCUUAUAUAUGCUACUGGAACCCAUAUAGACUAUGGUUCUUAUCAACGGUGUUAAGUACGCCUGUGAGCGGUGUAUUCGUGGCCACAGGGUCUCCACCUGCACCCACACUGACCAGCCUCUUAUGAUGAUCAAACGCAAGGGCCGUCCUUCCACCCAGUGUUCACAUUGUAAAGACUCGCGCCAGCUGACCAACACCCACGCCGCUUGUAGCUGUGCGAAAAAAACGGACCCGCUGUUGCCUAACCACUCCCAGGGUUGUCCUUGCAUGGUCGGCGACCACUGCACCUGUACUGCCAAGAAGAAGAAGCAACCGGGUCUGAAACCCCCUUCCUCGUCUUCCUCGCCUGCGAUCGCGGGUGAACUGCCGAAGUUUGCGAAUAUCGAUGCGAUUGUCGACUCUGGUAACGAAUCUGGGACGAACAGCGCUAAAAACGGAACCCCCGUCUAUGAUCUUCCGAUCCAGGCCAAGCUAGCCUCCAGAAUCAAGGCUGAGUCUGGGACAACAGAUAACUCCAGUUCCUCGUCUAUCGCGUCUAACAUGAACAAGUUGGACAUUGUCAAGAUGCGGUCUGUGGACGAUUCCAUGACCAGGGCCAUUGGUGCUGAGUCGCUUGCCUCUGCUGCACCUAUAACCUCUCACACCCAGCCCCGCGUUGGUGAAGUGAGCGUCUCGCUUGAUGAAAUCGUCAACCCGUACUCUGAGGUGGAUAUCAACCACGUCUUGGGCGACAUUCCUCUUCCGUUCAUGGAAUCUGGCGGUUUACUCGACCUCUUCGCGGACAUCCAGACGAGGCCUCAGGCAGACUACGAAACCGGAACCUACGACGAGGUGACCCCCGGCUCUCUGGAGUUCUCGCCUUCGUCGCAGUACGGCGGGAAAAUUUCCCCGCUAGACGCUAGUGCCGGUGGCAUGUUUCCAUUGUUCCCCUUGGUUGGGACUCUGUCGGCCAAACCAACAGACCUCACAAGGCUGACCGCGGACUACUCCAGACCGCCAUCAGAGGGUGUUUCCACGCCAUAUGGCUCCGGUUUCCAGUCGCCGAAACCAUCCAAAAGUGGGUACUCCACCCCGAAUAGAAGCCAGUCCAACCAGAAUCUAUACGGUAGCAAUACGUCUCUUUCAGGGUCCCAGCACGCGGCCGUUCACCAGCUUGCCCACCACCACCAGCACCACAACCAUCACCCUAGCCAGGCCAGACACAACCCGCAUACGUCGUUCUACACCCAGCAUGAUGCCUCCGCCUAUCCUCCGCAUUUCCAUCCGUAUCCGGUGAAGCCAAAACGCACGCUGAGUGUGCGGUCAAGCACUAGUGUUUCCAGCUCCCACGUCGGGCCCAAUUCCCCUCCAGCCCAGCCGUACCAGUCAAGACCGGUGCUGAUCCGCAUAGACAGUUCUGACUCGUUGAACACGUACUCUCACGGAGAAAGCGACUAUGGCGGAAGGGACUCGCGGAACGAUCUCCAACAAGUGUAUUCUGUCAGCACGCUUGGCAAUGCCAAUGGAAUCGACAGCACCCUUGAAGAUAGUGCCAGAACCUUCCAGCAAUACAACGCCAGCCUCCGUGCGACGAGUGUGAACGAUGAUAGUGAGGGCCAGCAUAACUCGAAGAACCUGAGCAACCCCGGCUCCGGGGCGGCGAAUGAGAAUGGAGGCAACACUUUCGUCCCGUACGGCACAAAUGCCAGCUCGGAGGCCAAGCCAUCGAUCCCAAAGAGCACCUCUAGCUUUGGCCAGUACAAUAGCAAUGUGGCCAGUAACGCUACCAGCGACCCUACGUCCAAUCAGUACGGCCUGAAAGACAUUUCGGAUUAUUCAGGUUUUCCGAGCGCUAAUAUGGACGUUAACUCGUACAUGACGUUUGACUUUGACGAUGCCGAUGCUAACGGGUUGAUGGGUAACGGGACUGGCUCUGCCUAUUUUGAAGCACCAACCGACGGCGUCAUACCCGACAAUAACCGGACCACCGCUGAGUUCCGUUCUUUCAAUCCAAGUAGCAACAACCUCGGCUUGAAUGUCGCCGAUAACCAGUACCCGGGAUUGGACACUGAGUCAAAUCCAAACUUGGAUCUCAAUUUGUUGGACUUCAUGUCUUCUGAUAACCCGAACGGCUUAGAUAUCGAUUUCCCCAGUAGUGGAGACAUGUUCCUCCCUGCUCCACCCCGCUGAGGUCAUUGAUAUUGCCCCGUAGUUGGUAUUUUUACGUAUAUUUAUCUUUUCUACCUCUAUUUAUUGUAUAUUAUAGCACAUCGCUUUCUUUCCCGUUAAUCCCGCAACCCUCCUCUUCCCUCCAGCUUUUCUACAACUCGCAACUCCUUAAUGUCAUACAUUCAA